AAACAAAAUUGGCAUAAAGAACGAAACAAUGAUAUUUUGUACGGUGUUACUUUUUUCGAAUUUGUUGUAUACAUUGGUUCUUUGCGAACACAAAGACGCGGAGAUUCUUUGCGCAUCUCAACAGACUUGCGGGAAUUGUCUACAGACUCCUCGAUGUGUUUGGUGCUCUACAACGGUGUCCAACCAGAAUGCCACUGGUUCCCUGGUGCGCUGUGUCAGCAGAGAAAAAUUUUUAAAGGAAGGUAAUCUCUGGUGUCGAGAAACCGACGUGAUAGAUGAGACGAGUUCGAUGCUCGUACUUGAAAAUCGCCCAUUAUCGUCGACCAAGGGCAAGGUUCCUCUUCAAAUUCAGCCUCAAAAAGUCAAAUUAAGGCUCAGACGAGGCGAAGAGUAUCACUUGAGCCUGAGGUAUAGUCAAGCAGAGGAUUAUCCAGUGGACUUGUAUUACCUGAUGGACUUAUCAGCAUCCAUGGAGUCCUAUAGAGAUCGAUUAUCAGAACUAGGAUUUCGACUGGCGGAGGCAAUGCGGAAACUCACUUCGAACUUUCGUUUAGGAUUCGGUAGUUUUGUCGAUAAAGUAGUACUGCCGAUGACCAGUACACAGCCAGACAAGCUAAAAUCACCGUGUGUCUUGAGAACCAAAAAACCAUGUACACCGCCUUAUGGGUACAAGAAUCAGAUGCCUUUAACCGAGAACGUUGCUCUAUUCAAAAACCGGGUACAAGAGGCGCCAGUAUCCGGCAAUCUUGACGCACCAGAGGGUGGUCUGGACGCAAUGAUGCAGGUGAUGGUUUGUACUAAGGAAAUCGGUUGGCGACAGAAUGCCCGACAUCUUAUCGUCUUUUCUACGGAUGCCGGCUUUCAUAUCGCCGGGGACGGCAGAGUAGCGGGAAUCAUCGAGCCCAACGACUGUCUUUGUCACCUGGACAAGGAUGGAUUUUAUACGUAUUCGCUUCUACAAGAUUAUCCGUCCGUCGCUCAAAUUAACAAGGUAGUACGUGAGCACAAUAUGAACAUAUUUUUCGCGGUUCCAAGCAAGAUGAACGUGACGUAUCAGUUAUUGAGUAAACGAAUCAAAGGUUCUUCUAUUGGAAUGCUCGAGCAUAAUUCUCAAAACGUAGUCGCCUUAGUCAGCGGGGAGUACAAGAAACUGGUGAACUCUAUAACGAUGACGGACGAUGCUCCGAAAAUGAUCGAUGUUAAAUACUUUUCUCGAUGUUUGGAAGAAAACGGCGAAUUGAAGGAACGAAGGGAAUGCGGAGGAUUACGAGUGGGUAACAUCGUCGAAUUCGAAGUGGUAUUGCGGGCGGUCGAAUGUCCAGCGAAUUCCAGCGAGUGGCAGCAAACCAUGCAGAUAAAACCGAGAGGCAUAAACGAGAGUCUGACGAUCGACCUGAGCAUUAUAUGCGACUGUGCGUGUGAUCGGCCAGGACAUCCGGGGUACGAGGUUGUUUCGGAAGAUUGCAAAGGAAAUGGCACUCUGAUUUGCGGUCUAUGCUCUUGCAACGAUGGUUUUUACGGGAAGCAGUGCGAAUGCGAGGGAGACGAAGCGGGCGGAGUCGAGAGCGCAGCUGCGAUGGCUGAUUGCAAACCUGACAACGAGACCAAUGAAAUUUGUACUGGCCACGGAGACUGCAAGUGCGGCGUGUGCGAUUGCGCGAAGCGUCCAAAUCCGCAGGAACUUUUCUAUGGGAAAUACUGCGAGUGUGAUAAUUUCUCUUGCAAACGAAGCGGAGGAUUGGUUUGCGGCGGGCGGGGCAAGUGCGAGUGCGGUUCUUGCAAUUGCCUGCCAGGAUGGGGUGGUGAGACGUGCGAUUGCAAAGAGACGAACACCACGUGUAUACCAGAUAAUAGCGAAACCGUGGACAUUUGCAGUGGACGCGGUGAUUGCAUCUGUGGUGUAUGCCACUGUCACGAAAAGGACAAUAUUCGAUAUUCCGGACAGUACUGCGAAGAGUGCCCGACGUGUCCUGGACAACGUUGCGAAGAGUUGAAAAAAUGCGUGGAAUGCAUGGCGUAUAAUUCUGGGUCUUUUGCUGGAAAUGGAAAAUGCGAUCAAUGUUUGCAUCAGAUUGAUAUCGUGGAAAAGAUCACAGAAGAUCCUGUAAAAGAUCAAGAGACUGGAGCUCAUGUUUGUCGAACGCAAGAUGAUGCAGGCUGCAUGUUUGCAUUCAAGUAUGAAUAUUAUAGGGGUGGUACUGGAGGCGAUAUAAAAAUAUUCAAUAUUCUUGCCGAGAAAGAGAAAACGUGCCCCAAGCCUCUUAAUGUUGUUGGUGUUGCUAUUGGCUUAGUGGCCAGUACUGUAAUCAUUGGUUUCCUGAUACUUGUUGCUUGGAAAAUACUGACGACAAUUCACGACGCACGAGAAUUCGCGAAAUUCGAGCAAGAACGAGCUCUUGUGAAGUGGGAGACGGGGGACAAUCCACUUUAUAAGAAGGCUACAUCCACUUUCAGAAAUCCAACGUUCAACGACAGUGGCAAAGAUUAGUUUGAAAAUUUUUUAUUGUUUAAAACAGGCCUGGGCGAUUUGCGCCUGGCGAGCCGCAUGCCUCUUCUUUCCCCACUUCGACGCCGUCUAUGCUCAUGCGGAGCGCGAGAGAAGAGGGGGACUAGGAGUCUAUACAUGUACGACUCACGGUAAGAGGGUAUUAGUAGGGGGGACCAGGGUAGUAGAGGGGAUUGCGUGACGACAGCGGGAAAGAUGUUGCUCAGGCCUGGUUUAAAAGAAUUUUCGCGGGCUUGAUUUGAACGUAAGGUGCGCUAUCCGACAGGUAGCGCCACGAUACGGAACUAACGAUAAAUCAACGACGACGCCAUCUUGGAUAAUUACUUCGCGAGAAGACGUCUACUCGGCAAAAAGAAAUCUUCGUCCGUCUAAGCUUUUGGAAAAGAUACAUUCUCCGCAUUCUUUCCUGCCUUCCUAUCUUGUAAGUGAAACUAUUUCCUUUUUUCUUUUUCAUUUUUCUCCCCAAAUAUUUCAAAUACUUUGGUUAUCUUACAUCCCGCGUUAUCACGUGUAAAAAUGGCGCGAAUAAAAAGAAGCGUAUAGGUA